AUGGCGAGCAAGUUACAACAUAUGAGUGUGAUACCAAGGGAAUUUACCCUCCAAUAUCUGGAACAGAUUACAGAUAACUUCUCCGAGGGCCACAUAAUUGGUCGUGGUGAGCAUGGAGUAGUUUACAAGGGAGUGCUGGAUAAUGGGGAAGAGAUUGCUCUGAAGAAGUUAUAUCAUAUGCCAGAGCUUGAUGACACACAAUUCAGGAAUGAGUUAAAUAACCUUGUGAGAGCCCGGCAUCAAAAUAUUAUCCGGUUGAUUGGUUACUGUUGUAAUAUUGGGCAUAAACGUGUUAAACACGAUGAUGAAUAUACCUCUGCAGUAGUGGAAGAGAGAUUUCUCUGCUUCGAAUACUUGCAGGGCGGAAGCUUGGACAAGUAUAUUUCUGAUGAAUCAUGUGCACUUGAUUGGCUCACAUGUUUCAAAAUCAUUAAGGGGGUAUGUGAAGGUUUGAAUUACCUUCAUAAUGGAACCAAUGAUCAUAUAUUCCAUCUGGAUCUAAAACCUAGCAAUAUAUUGCUAGACAAGAAUAUGAUGCCCAAAAUAGGAGAUUUUGGUUACUCGCGACUCUUCCCUUCAGCACAGACAUAUGUCACAACUGAAGCUACAGAACAGACACGGGGAUACAAGCCACCAGAAUACAUCAAUAAAGGAGAAACUACAUCAAAAUUUGACAUAUUCAGUUUGGGCGUUAUAAUAAUAGAAAUAAUAGCAAGGUUUAUUGGCUAUUCUCGCCGCUCAGACAUGCCUUUUCAAGAUCUUUUUGAUUUCGUACAUCUAAACUGGAAGAACAAGUUGGUGGCAAUGACGUCGUGUGAUACAUCACGACAAGUUAGGGUAUGCUUAGAAAUGGCGUUAAGAUGUUCGGAGGACGACCAAAUGAAAAGACCUCCUAUAGCCGAGAUUGUCAAGGAGCUGAAUAAAUUAAACACUGCCGAAAGUUCUUUUACAGGCGAGGCGGAGAUGGAGGACCGGGGCUCUGAAUGGCUUCAUGCAGCGAUGGAGCUUCCUGUUUCCGCUUCGCUCGGCCCUAUAGGAUCCCUGUUCCGGAAACUCCAUUCAUUUAAGGCUACCAAGGAAAUUCUGCCAGCGGGGGUUAAUGAAGGUGAGAUCCACAGUCUCAAAAAAGAGCUCAAGGAAUUAUGCAUCUCGCUCAUGGGUCUGUCAGAGGCCAAUGACACCAGCUUAACGGCCAAGUACUGGAUGAAGGAGGUGCGUGAAGUCUGUUAUGAUACAGAGAAUUACUUUGACAAGCUUAUAAUGCAGCCCAGUAAUGGCAGUAAUGUGCGUUGGAUUCACAAACUGCUGAAAAGACGGCCCCAGAUUGCAAUUGAUUUCUCAACAUUAGUGGCUCGUGUGGCCGAUGCCCGUGAAAGACGUGGACGACUCGUCAAAUGGAACACAAAUAAUGAAAACAUCGAACAAGAAAGUGGACAAGCUUGUACCACUCCAGCCGUUGCUAGUUCCUCCACAUUGUCUCUCCAAACGCCGGUACUGGUUGCCUGUGUCAGGAGGCCCGAGCUGACCCUCAAACUGUCGGUGCCAGCUGCUGCACACAUGGACAAUCUCGUCAACCUCCUGGCAUUCGACGACCAAAAACAGAAACGACUCAAGGUAGUAUCUAUUUUUGGGUUUGCGGGUGUUGGAAAGACAACAGUUACCAGGACCUUAUAUCGUAAGUUUGGAGGAAAAUUUGACUGUCGGGCUUUUCUACGGAUGUCUCGGCAGCCGGAUAUAAGGAGGCUUCUCACCAGCAUGCUCUCCCAAAUCAAGGCACCUCCGGCCCACGCCUAUGCUGAUGUGCAAGUGCUCGUUGCCAAUAUCAGGACACAUCUAGAACACAAAAGGUACUUCCUAAUAAUUGAUGAGUUAUGGACUCCAUCUGUAUGGAACACUAUUAGGCGUGCUUUUCCUGAUGGCAACUGUUGCAGCAGAGUCAUAACCACCACACAAAAUGAGGAUGCGGCUUUGGCCUGCUGUAGCUAUCAGUCAAAGUACAUAUUUGAAAUGACAUCAGUUAGUGGUUAUCAAUCAGCAGAAUUAUCAUCCACUGGAGUCUCUGACUCGGGGUGUGCUUCUCGUCAAGAUUUUGAAGAACUUUCUUAUGGGGUUAUCAUGACAUCCGGUGGCUUACCGUUAGCAAGUGUUAACACCGGCAGUAUAACUGAACCAAACCUCGUAAAGGAGCAAUGGGAGCAGAUACAAGAUUCUCUGUCCUCUACUUUGAGUGCAAACCCUACUUGUGAAGUGAUCGAAGAAGUCCUAAACCUUAUUUACAAUAGUCUUCCACGUCACUUGAAGACAUGCUUGCUCUAUCUUAAUAUGUAUCCAGAGGGAUACACGAUCUGGAAGUAUGUUCUUGUAGGCCAGUGGAUUGCAGAAGGUUUCAUUGGGGUCACUCGAAGAAAAAAAGGUUUUGUGGGUGCAGUAAAACAGCAAGACAAAGAGGAAGAUGAAGUAGAAGAACAAGUUAGUGUUGCUCAGGGUUAUUUCAUUGAGCUUGCUCGUAGAGGAAUGAUCCAAGCUGUAGACACCAAUGAUGAAGGUGAAGUAUUAUCAUGUACAGUCCACCACAUGGUAUUGGAUCUUAUUAGGCGCAAAUCCAUGGAGGAUAACUUCGUCACUACUGUGGACAAAUUUCCAUCAGCUCUAGUCCUUCCUGACAUGGUUCGUCGACUGUCCAUCCAGUUUGGAGAUGCAAAAGCUGCAAAGAUACCAGAAAACAUGUUUUUGUCCCAAGUUCUAUCACUUUUAUACUUUGGAUCUUUUGAAUGUGCACCUUCCACUGGGGAUUAUGUGUUUCUUCAAGUUCUGAAUCUUCAUAUCUGGGCAGAUCAAGAAAAGACUUUUGACCUUACUACAAUAUCAAAACUAUGCUGGUUAAAACAUUUUAAGGUCGAAUGUAAUACCACCGUCAACCUUCCAGCCAAGGUUCAGAUGCUUCAAAACUUAGGAACACUGGAAGUGGAUGCUCCGCUAUCUGUUGUUCCAUCGGAUAUUUUUGCUUUGAAGAGUCUGUUGCACCUAUGCCUUCCAAGCCAGGUUACUCUGCCUGAUGGGAUUGUACACAUGACAUCACUUCGCCGCCUAGGGGAUUUUAGCCUCAACACUAACUCAACCGACAAUGUGCUGGGACUAGGCAAGCUUAUUAAUCUAUGGGAUCUUCGGCUGACAUGUUCCACAGUAAAACCUGGGGGUCUGAUUGGGAACAUGAAGCAUUUUGGCUCAAUUCUAGGGGAUUUCGAGCAACUCAAGUCUCUAAUUAUUGACUCUGAAACUCCGAAUGUGGGUAUUUCUUGUGACUGCCUAAGCAGUGUUUCCUGUGGUCCGGUCCUUCUUGAAAGAGUUGAGUUCCCACGGAAUUUCAUCUUUCCAAGCCUUCCCAAGUGGUUCGGAGAUUUGGAGAAACUCUGCAUUUUGAAGGUAACUGUUAGGGAGACAUCGACGGAAGAUAUUAAUAUCCUUAAAGGGUUGAAUGCCCUCACUUCUCUCUCAAUCUAUGUAUCCAUCACACCAAAAGCAAGGAUCGUCUUUGACAAGGAGGGGUUCACAGUUCUCAAGUAUUUCAAGUUCACGUCUGCUGCACUAUGUCUGACCUUUGAUUUAGGAGCAAUGCCAAAGAUCAAAAGGCUUAAGCUAAGGUUCGAUGCUAAUAAAUUUGAGCAAAGUGACAUUCGACAAGCCAGCAUCGACAACUUGUUAGGCCUUAAAGAGGUUUCUGCAAAAAUUGGAAUCCUCGGUACUAUUGAAUCGGGAACCAAAGUUGCCUUAUUGAUGGCCAUCUUCGGAACACAUCCAAGUAGACCAAUCAUCAAUGUGCAAUCGGUGGAUAGGACAUUUGGUGGAAAGAGCAAUGUGCGUCUAAGCACCAUGUUAUUUGAUACCCGGUCUAUUGUGGCACCAGACAUCUCUUCUCCUAUGCAAAUUUUAGGGGAAGUCACAGAAAAUGAGACAAAAACAGAGUCUACACUAGAGGCUACAUUUAGCAAGCUAGAAGGAGAACACAUUAUUACUUUAGAGAUCUCAGAGGAAGUCUCUGAUGAACAUCAUGGAAUUCAAGUAAAGGAUUCCUAG